CCAUAAAAAUGCUUACUGUUACAGCAUAAUAAUGUAAUAUUAAUAGUAUAUGAACCUCAGUCCGUAAAGACUCGAAAAUUUCGUCGACAGAUGUUCAUACAUACAUCUCAUAAUGUCUUCAGGUUGUAAAAAAUGCUUGAGCAAUGGUAUCAUCAUCCCAAAGAAUGUGAAUUCUCCGUUAGAUUAUUGGAGCACCAUCUGCCCAUACGCCCCGCCAGUAGCCCCUGGCAUAUCAGUUGCAAUUGCCAAGAAAACGCAGCCAAUGCCAGGAAUGGCAAAUUAUGAUGACUCUGAUCACGAUACCAUGUGUGGCAAUCGAAUGCACAGAUGCCCGUCAGGUCUAUUCCGAGCCAAAGCAUUUUGCGCUAACCAACAAGCAAUGGUGGAUAGCUUGCGAGAAAAGGUGGAAAGAUACAGGAGCGAAAUCGAACAUACAAUUAAAAAAGAAAUAACUACAGAGACGUCAAGUUCGAAUACCUUCAUCAGAUAUAAAAGUAAGAAAAAGCGAGGAUUUAAAAUACGUGGUUCGAAAAGCGACGUAGGCGGUGAUAUGAAGCUUUGUAAUGACCAAUUGGGACAGGAGAAACCGAAUAUUAUAGAAAAAAAUUCAGAACCCGAUAAAGCGCAAGGAGAUCUAGCAAGAGCGCGGAUGGAAUUGGAUAUUGCAAUCAAAUAUUCGAAAACUGAAAACAGUGACGCUGAUAAAUGUGACACGAAAUCGAAGAAAUCUCGAAAUAAACUCCGAUCAAAGGCUUGGAAGCAAAAGAACGAUGCAGAUGACCAGAACUUGGUAACCCCAAUAUCAGUACCAAGCUUUAACGCACGGAUGGGAUUAUUCGAAAAAUAAAUAUUUAUAUACUU